GCUAUAAAUGCGCUGCAGGAAAGCACAGCCAUCACCCAUCUGAGACCGAGUGACACUCCAUCGCUGUUUCAUCUCAUCUGGAUACUCAUCAUGGAUAUCCCCAUUCAGUACCCAUGGUACCGCCGGGCCUACCCGUAUCGACGCGGCGACCUGUCCUUCGUCGAUUCUCUCACCGACUGGCCUCUCAUCUGGCCUUUCCCAUGGUCCUUUGCUUGGAUGCGCCCAAGUUUCAUGCGCUGGUUAAACUGGCCUGAACAUGGUCACAGUGAGAUGCAUGUGGAAAAGGAUCGCUAUGUGAUUUAUCUGGACGUGAAACAUUUCUCACCGGAUGAGCUGAGCGUCAACGUCGGCGACGAGCACAUCACAAUACACGCCAAGCAUGAAGAUCGACAGGACGACCACGGCUACGUGUCUAGGGAGUUUCUACGGAAGUACAGGCUUCCUACCGGAGUGUUGUGCGCUGAUAUCUCCUCCAGCUUGUCCUUCGAUGGCGUGCUGACAAUCACCGCGCCCAGAUCUUCACCUGGCCCCGAGCGUAACAUCCCAAUAUCCUGUGAGGAUGGAACAGCCAAGCAGAAAAUGUAGAGCGGAAUCGAGGGGGGUGGGGGAUGACAGUUUCGCUACUAAUUCUCACUACUAAAUUCUGCAUGUGUUUGUAUUGAACCUGUUUUGUGGGUGCACGUAAAGGUGGGUCAGCCAUGUCUAGAUUCCUGCAAAGAGCCUUCUAAUAAACCAGUAUCUAACUUACUACUAUUGUCGAAUGCCUGCAAGACAAUUGAGCUUUAAACCACUGAUUGACAUUUAAAGACAGGAGUCAUGUUCGAAAUCAAAUAACCUGUGCCACCUUAAAUGUAAAAGUGUUCUUAUUUUGAAUUUCAAAAGGUAACUUACAAAGCUUCCAUGCCAAAGAUGAUUCCAGCGGGGCUGUUUGUUUGUUUUGAACUCGGGACCGGGUCUGUUCUGCUGAGAGGGAGGGGGGAAAAAGGGGUGAAGGAAUGUUAGUUGAAGGAGGAAAUACUGUUAAAAGUUUCCACAGGGAAGCAGGGCCUUUAGGGAUAACUUGUAUUUAUGUAUGUGUAUGAGUGUGUGAUGCUUCCUAAACGAGUGAAAAUGUUCUCAAUGAUGAUCCACGAUCAUUCUUUGCAAAUGCUAAAUAUCCCUUGGUGUAUUAACAUGACACAUAGAAUAAAUGUUGGG